CUUCAAACACUCGACGGCGCUCGCACGGAUCGGAUGUGAAAAGCGGUUGGAAAAUCGCCUUGCGCCUCACGUAUCGUUUCGUUUUGAGUUGGAAAACCCGCGUUUGGAAAUACCACAGCCACAACAACAAAAAUAAUCAAAACAAUAUAAUAAACUCAAUAUAUAUUUAUGCAAUGUGUGCCGGCGAUUGGUACACAAGUUGUGUGGUGGAAAAUAUAUCUGAAAUCUGAAAUAUCUGAAAAUGAAAAAUUGUAUGUGCUUGUUUUCGGUUUCGGAUUCACUUCACAUUAUCUAAAAAUAACGGAAAACAAGGAAAAGGAGAAGUGAACAAGUGCAAAAAUUAUCUCGCUAUAUAUACAUAUGUACAUAAAGUGAGCCGCCAUCACAAUAUUCUUUUCAUAGCAAUUAUCGAUCAAAUACAUAAGUAGCGCCGCCAACCUGGAUGGCAUACUUUUCCUGGAUGGAUUCUCGAGUUUGGUGACCGCCCACAGCCGAGGACGCUGGAACUCGAUUCCGGCAGGGAUAGUCAGAGGUGCCAACCGUCGAAAUACAGAGUGCACCACAAAACAAACAAAAGUCACACACCAUCCCAAACUCAGAUUAUGAAUUAUGCAACAAAGCAUCCACAGCAGCAAAAUAGAGCAACUAGAGCCACAGCACGAACUGCUUAAUGCACACAAGUAGCAACCCCUAGACUUGACCAAACUCGUUACGGAAAACUGCCGGAAGACACCAAAGACCCGGAGCUCAAAUUUCCCAGGAGGUGGCCAAACGGAGACACUACCGACACCACCGACACAACCGACACAACUCGACAUGGUGGACGACAUAUCGCCGAUGCAUCAUCGGAUGCAAAAGAAGACGCGCAGCGCCUCCAUUUGUGCCACCGGCGCCAGCAUCGAGACGGUCAUCCAUGGAAUGCCCGGCGCCUCCGGCAGCGCCACGCCCGAGGGCGGUACUCCCGGCUACCGGCGACGCCGGCCGGCCACGCGCUCCCAGAGCGCCCGCAUCACCUCCGGCGCCAGAUCGGUCCGCCAGAAGACCAAGGCGCAGCAGCAGCAGCAGCAGCAGCAGCACACGCUCCAGGAGACCCGCAGCUACUGCACCAGUGAGCCCCGGCUGAGCGAGACGGAGACGCCUCCGCAGCGCCGCAAGCUAUCGCAGCGGAGGCCACAGACGCACGCACACAGAAAAUCGAACGCCUUCCUGGACGUGCCCACCAUGAACAUGCAUCACCUGCGCGUCAACGACGACGACGAGGAUGUGGACAGAUUGCGCACUUUCAGCGCCUCCAAGGGAGGUAUCAUCAAUCGAGGGGACUCCUUCCGUCGCCGGCGCUCGAGGAGCAACAGCCUGGCUCCAUCCAGUCCCAUGCACACACGCAAUGGCGUCGGUGGCCUGGGGGGCGUGGCCGGGGGCGGAAGCAGCCUGGGACUGGGUUGUGGCUACAACGGCGGCGGCGGCAGCAGCAGCAACGGAUUCGGAAAUGCCAAUGCCCAGGAGAACCAGCACCAGCAGCCGGUGGAAUUCUAUCGCGUCGAAAUGCUGGGAUCAGCAGGUGUGGGCAAGCAGGCUCUGGUUUUGCAGUUCCGCACCUCGGACUGCAUCAAUGCCUACGAUGGACCUGAAUGCGACGAUGCCGAGCAGAACGUCUCAAUCAUCUUGAAUGGCACCGAAUCGGAACUGAAAUUCCUCACUGGAAAUCCAGAGAGCAAGGACGAACUGGAGCAGGCGGACGCCUUUCUGGUGGUCUACUCCUGCAUCGACAAGGAGUCCUUCACGCGGGCCAAGCAGAUACUAUCGCGGCUGCAGGACAUGGACCUCCUGCGCCACCGACCCACCAUCCUGGUGGCCAACAAAAUUGAUUUGGCCCGCUCACGCGCCGUUUCCGCCCAGGAUGGCAAAUGUCUGGCCUGCACGUUCGGAGCCAAGUUUAUCGAGGUUUCCGUGGGCAUCAAUCACAACUGCGACGAGCUGCUGGCCGGCACGCUCACCCAGAUUCGCCUCAAGAAGGACCAAGUCCAGCUGCAGCUUAAUCCGAAAAAAUCAAAAGAUAAAAACAAAUUUAAAGAAAACACAAACAUAGAGACUGUAGAAACUGAUAACUGUCUGACUGAUCUUAAAGCCGACGAAGGGGGACCGAGGGACGCCAACUCGCCGGCGCACUGGUACAAAAGCCGCAGCGUGAUGCUGGCCAGCAUGAAGGCCCGCCAGAUGCUCACCUGGAUCCUGGGCAAGGAGGACUCCAAGUUCAAGCACUGCGAGAACCUGCAGGUGCUCUAAAGGGGAAUCGAUCCCAUCUAUAGGUCUAUAUGCUUAGCGGCUAAGUGUGUUGAUAUGUGAAUAUGUGUAUAACCGGCGGGAGCAGGCAGAAAGCUUUAUCUAUAAGUGCUACCAGAUGGGCUCAUCUAAUAUGUAAACAGGUUUCGAGAUUUCGAAGCUCUCCAGUUCGCCUGUAAACAGCCAUUUGCAUACCCAGGAGUGUGUGUGGUGCAGCCAGCUAUUAGUAGUGUCUAACCUAAGCCUGAUAAUCAAAAAUUAAAUCAAAUUUAAUGUAAAACAUAGGGACGUAUGUGUAACGCUUGCAGCGACUAUGUGUAUGAGCAACUUAAUGGAACCAAGCGAAAGGAGCAAACCAAAAAUUCUAACUAAACUUAACUAAACUAAACAGAGAACAACACUACUUAUGUACUUAACUAGCAACUUUAGUAACUUUUCUAAGCCAUGAGCAAGUAGGGGAAUAUUUUUCAUAAGCUGGCUAGCGGCUUAGCUGUUUACAAGCAGAGUAGAGGUGUGCAAAAUGUUCCCAGCAAGCAGAUUUAUAUAUAUACAUAUAUAUGUGUGUAACCAAAGAGUAACGAUUUUCAUAUAAGAUUUACAUAUGUAGAGUAUGUGUUAAAAUCGGGUGCAGCACUUUGUUAUUUUCGUUUUUUGCAGCUUAGGGAAGUCUUACAGGGAGUUAGCUAGCUGCGUAGACAGAUUUCAAAUAAAAAAUAAAAAUAAAUAAAGUC